CCUAAAUUGUUCCCGCUCAGCUUGGUCCUCAAUUCUUCUCUGUUCUCCUGAACGCUUUUGCUUACAGUGGCAGACAGCGGAGGCAUCAAUGGCCGCCAAUGAUUCUUGGAGUGAUUUCGAGAAUUUGCGGCACACGGUCAAGCAUAAUACGGUGGAUAAACUCAAACAAAUUCUUACCGGCUUCAAUGAGGAAUGCAACACCGUAUUUCACAAGUCUGGAAAGAAGCAGGACCUGAUCGAGAGGAUCGUGUAUCAGUUAGAAGCCUGGCGUCAAGCUAACAACAUCGACAAAUGGACCAAAGCGAAGCAUAUACUAUACCAGGUUCGCAAUACCGGAAUGUACACGAGCUCCCGUAUGCCAGGAGCGAUGGCAUCCCAGUCAUUACCUUCUGUUCCCUCAGCAGCAUAUAAUUCAGCUUCGACUCCAGUCCGUAGCAGUUUUACCGCGAUGCCCGCUGGCCGCUAUGAUCCCUAUGCCCCCCCUCGGCUACCCCCGCCACCAACCACAAGCGCCGGUUCGUCAGCUGUGUCCAAACCCGGCAUGCGCUUCAAGCCCUCCCCGUUCUUUCGUGUAGAUCAGGCUGUAUCUGGCAUUGUCGAGUGUCCUGAAUCUACAAGCUCAACAGAUCGAAAACAGCAAACUUUAACUUUCACUCUCACCAGCGAGCAGUCGAUGAAGCUCAACUCGACCACAGCCAAGUUCCAGCUUCGAUUAUACUGCACCUCAAACACGUUUUAUUCGUCAGGAUUCAGGCCCACCACGGCACCUUGUCCGAUCGAAUUUCCUCCCACGUGUGAAGUGCGAGUCAAUGGCACACAGCUAAGUGCGAACCUGAAGGGUUUGAAGAAGAAGCCAGGCACUGCCCCGCCAGCAGACCUUGGGAAGCACGUCAGAAUGACGGGGCAAAACCGAGUCGAAAUGGUAUACGUGAACAGCCAGCAACCCAUACAGCCCAAGAAAUUCUAUCUGAUUGUCAUGCUUGUUGAAGCCACGACUGUAGAUCAGCUCGUAGACAAGCUCAAGAAGGGCAAGUAUCGCAAUGGUGAAGAUAUUGUGGCACAGAUGAACAAAACUUCAAGCGAGGAUGAUGAUAUUAUUGCUGGAUCACAGAAGAUGUCUUUGAAAUGCCCACUGAGCUUCAUGCGAGUGAAAACGCCGUGUAGAUCAAUACUAUGCCCUCAUCCGCAGUGCUUUGAUGCGACCUCGUGGUUCAGCUGCAUGGAGCAAACGACAACGUGGCUUUGCCCUGUAUGCGAGAAGGUUCUAAAUUACGAAGAUCUUAUCAUCGACGGGUAUUUCGACCAGAUUUUGAUGGAUACUUCCGAGUGUGUCGAUGAUGUUAUUGUUGAAAGCGAUGGGCAAUGGCACACAAGCGACAAUAAGUUUGGUUCAGCUUCCUGGAUGGCCUCCCAUCCGGUGACAGCUCCGUCCAGACUCUCGCCUCCUCGUGGAUCAUCACCAGCAUCAGUGGAUGAAGAGGCUGCUGCAAAAGCCCAUGCGAGACAAAACGUGGAGAUUCUUGUACUGGAUUCCGAUGACGAGGACGAAGGCAGAGUCAAGCAGGAGCUAUCGGAUUCCUAUCCGAUGAACAAUUUAUCCAGUCCCACAUCCAACCCAAUUCUUCUCACGACCGCGCGGCAACCUCGAGGUGAUGUAAUCGACCUAACAGCUGACUCCGACGAGGAAGAGCCCCAGCCACCACCCGUAGCGCGGAGUUCUCUGGAGAAGCGCAAGGCACCUUCUGGUGCACCCUCACCUACAGAGCAGAUCUGGAAGAAAUCCCGGAUUGAUUCUGUUCCAGCACCUCAGCAACCACAACCGCCGCCACAGCCUCAUGCGGUGCAUCUUCCACCCGUGUCACCAGUUGCCAAUGUCGUACCUAUGACUACGCCCCGGUCACCUGCGGCUGCGUAUCCUACUGGGCCGAGUAAUUAUCCUAUCCCUCAAUUACCUCCAGUACGUAUUCCGUCAUACAACCCAAACUUAUACGUGCCACCUGCGGCGGCUACUUCUCCUCAUGACACGGUUCGUAGUUCGUAUGAUACGUACAGUCACAACAGUUAUUAUCCGUCCAGACCUAGCGGUUCUACGAGUCGACCAGGCGUGUGGCCUUAAUAUUAUUUUCGCAUUGCAAGGACAGUUUAUUAUUUCGCUACUAUACGUCUGUUUAGGUCAGGUUGGUCAUAAUACUCAAUUGUUUCUGCAGAUAGCACAAUACACUGUAUGCAACCAUCCUCAUUUACGUACUCGACUGUGCGACGACUCGGAAGAUCAAGUAGCGGAACAGAGACCACCCGGAACGCUUAAGUGCUGUUCGGUCGGUGAAGAGCGGAGAUAAAACAUUCCGGAUUAUUCCGAAUUCCUUUUUGACGCGAACUUUUUUCGCUACUUG